GGGCCGGUUCUGUCCCGCGUGCUGGCGGUUGAGAAAUGACAACCGGAGCUGGUGGCUCGAGUACCAUCUGACCCGCCUCAUCGACUCGGACAACUCUACAAAUCGCGAUUUCGGGUGUUUUUUUUUCCGCACUACACACUUCGAGCCGUCCACGUAGGCUUUGUUUACGUAUUUCACAGGUGUAGCCAACUUUGGACACCGUUUGUUCCGACGCCGCGGAAGGACAGCCCGUUUGUCUGAACCGUAUAUCCGAAAUCCGGUCAACAUCGACGGUCUUUACUGCUCGGCUGAAAGUUAAACUUGUGGAAAUGACUGAGGAACUUGAGCAAAUCCUCUCUCAGCUGACACAGCCUGACAAUGCAGUCAUCCAGCAGGUACUGUCACUAAUAACGGUGUUCACUUUUCUACAUUAAUAUUAAUACUAACGGUAAACGUUAUAAAUCCAGCCUAGCUAAUCCAGCCAGUGUAACGGCUUUUAACGGUCGGUCAUCUGACUGUCAAGUCUCUAAAAUGUUGACUUGCCAGUUUGUUAGCUAACCUCUGUCAUAUGAUCACGGUUUAAGGUUAUGAGUUGGCAUGUUGACAUUUAAUAUAUAGAUGCUAUCUCCUUUGAAAGGUAUGUGUUCUCCCCCUUUAGGCCACAGCCCAGCUUAAACAUGCUUUCAAAGACCCUGCCAUUAUACCAGCCUUGUGUGCCGUCAUGAGUGGCUCCCAGAAUCCUCAGGUAUGUUUUUGAAGAGUAAUACUUGUCAGCUUUGGUGUUUUUCUUUUCUUUUAAUCCUAAAUGUCGCCUCCCAGAUUCGUCAGUCAGCUGCAGUGAUGCUGAGGUUGAGAGUUAAGAAACACUGGAAGAAAAUCAGCCCAAAUGACAGGGAGAGGUUCGACCGUUGCUUUCUUUUAAUAGUUUUCACCCAGUUGUCACUGUUCCCAUUCAUUUGAAAAAGACUUAUACUUAUGUCUGCUUUUAUCCUCUUUUAGCCUCAAGGCAGUGGUGUUGCAGGCCUUCAUGCAGGAAUCAGAGUAAGCUUCCUCCUCUACAGUGAUGAGUUACUUUAUCUAUCAACCUUAUCUCCAUUUCUUAUCAUGUUUUUGUGAAUGACACUUUAAAUUUCUUUAAUAUACAUGUCAAUAAAUCACUUUUCUGCAGGCACACAGUCCAACACUCACUCUCCCAGCUGUGUGCAGUGAUGGUUAAACAUGAGACUCCGGACAGGUGGCCCGCUCUACUCCAGCUUCUCAAUCAAUCCACCAAAAGCAGCAACGCUAAUGACAGACAGGCACGGGACCCAUUUCACAACUAAGAAUUCAUUAAUACAUCCACCAUUUAUAGCAGCUGAAUAUUUGUUUUCUUCAACAUUAAUUUCAAAGAUGAAACUUUUUUCUUUUUUAUUGUAACGAAUGAAAAGUUGAGGUUUUGUAUUGAAUACACACUACUUUCUGUUUGAAACUGAUCAUCUUCCAUACCAACAGGUUGGUCUUCUGCUGCUUAACAAGGUCAUUGAAUCGAACCCUGAGCCUUUCAGGCCUCACUACAGCCAGCUGCUAGAGCUGCUCAGCACUGUGCUGCAGGACCACGACAACCCGACAGCCUUGUACUAUUGCAUCCUCACUCUCACAUCGAUCACUCCGUACACCAGCACAGAAGAGAUCGUAAGUGAUUUUUAUAACUUGGACAUCCGACAAGAUAAAAGGUUCAAAUAAUACAUGAAAGUUUAAACUUUUAGCGGCUUGACAGAACAAUUUAUUCUAGAUUGAGUUUAAAUGUGCCAUCCUGUAAAAAUGUAUUAAAGAUUGUGACAUUCUUUUGCCCUUCAGAACAAGAUGCGUUCCAUCAUCCCAAAUCUGAUUGUCGCUUUGCAGCAUCUGAUCAAAGCAGAUCAGGUAGACAGACUUACGGUCAAAACGCAUUUCUGUAUCUAUUUUGGGGUAAGUGCUUAAACAGAGAGCCCGUGUAAUCGUUCAAUUUUCUCUGUCUGUACAGGAAAAAGCCAGUGAGGCCAUGGAGGUGUUCAAUGAGCUCAUGGAGAGCGAGGUGUCCAUUCUUGUCCCCCAUAUUUCUGAAAUGGUUCGCUUCUGUUUGGAGGUACAAGCUAAGUGUCUUCAUUUUGUCUCUAAAUUUGAGUGAUGUGUUCUGGAUUUGAGUUCACGUCCUGAGCUGCAACAUACCUUAAAGUCUAACAGAUCCUCUGAAUUAAAAUGUUUCUUCAGGUCGGCGGUAACACCACUCUGAGCCACUCUUUGCGAGUGAAAGCACUAUCUUGUAUCAUCUUCCUCAUCAAGCUGAAGAGCAAGGUAAGGCCCCCCUGAAAAAACACAAAUAAACCGUCUUUCUGUUUGUAAUCAGAAGGACUAUUGAGUGGCUGUACUUCUGUUGCUUUCUGUGUUUGUAUGAUAACAGUACUAACUCAUCCUAGCUGAAAUCUUUGACCCAAGUGUGAUGUCAACUGGAAACUAGAUUUUUAGGUCAUGUAAUAUUUUGACUGAUUGUUUGCCAACAAAGACUCAGAAAUCCUACUGCUCUAUAUCUGCACAGCUCUAUGCACAGUCAGUCAAUCUAGUUAAUGUAUAUCUGACUAAAAGCAAAGACUGAAACUUUUUCCUCUCACUUAGACGGUGCUGAAGCACAAGCUGCUGAACCCCAUUCUGCAGUCCAUUUUCCCUGUGCUGGUCGCUGCUCCCCCACCCGGUGAGCAGGACCCAGAUGAUGAGGAGGAUGACAGCGGAGACGGCAUAGACAAUGACAAUCCCAAACACUGCGCUGCGCAGGUGCGGAAGUAUAAGUGUCACUACACAGAGUUCAAAUGUCGUGUUUAAGAUUCUGCCCUUUAGAUCAACCCUGGGGAGGACACAUUUGAUCGCUGACGGAUUAUAUUUUUGUUAUUUCCAGAUAAUUGACACCAUGGCACUCCAUAUGCCCCCUGAGAAGCUGUUUCAGCAUUUGGUAAGUCACCUAUUGACAUAACAUAUUGGUCAUAAUUUUAAGAUGAACAGUCUUUUUCUGCUUGUGGUCUUUGUGAAUCUAUGAUCCCCAAAGAUCGGUCCAUUGGUGUUUGGCUUUGUUACAGGGACAGAAGUUCAGUGAUGCAUCUCAAGGAGCCUCUUUGACAUGUUAUGUGUUUAAGAAGAUGUCACUCAAUGCUGACUUAGAUUUUUAAAUAUGAACUUUUGCUCAGUUGCCAGCCUCUUGUGAAUGAAGUUCACUGUCUUGUGUUUUAGAUGCCCCUCACUCACGCCUGCCUUGCCAGCCAAGACCCGUACCAAAGGAAGGGCGGUCUCCUUUGUCUCGCUGUUCUGGCUGAAGGAUGUGCUGACCACAUACGUACCAAGUAUAUAAGAAAUUUCCUUUCCACGUACAGGUUAAUGUACUGAAAAACAACAAGCACAGGGAUUUGAGUUUUUAAUGUUUCCACCGUCUGUUUAAGGAUGCUGUCAACGGUGCUGCAGACAGUGUGCCAGAGUCUUUCUGACAGUGAUCAGGUGGUACGCAGUGCCGGCCUUUUUGCUCUAGGACAACUGUCAGAGCAUUUACAGGUGAGGCAGUCUGCACCUCACAACAAUACGUACAAUUUUUUAUCAAUUAAAGGUUUACCCCGAGAUCUAUUUAACAAACAAACAAAACAACAAUGGGAAAGAUAAUUUUAUGAGCUAACACCGUUUUCCACCUUCUCCUCUCAGCCUGAAGUGAGUAAGUACUGCGCAGAGUUGAUGCCUUUGCUGCUGGGCUACCUUUCAUCCUUGAACCAGGCCAAGCUCGGCCAUGUUACCAAGGCCUUUUACGCCCUGGAGAACUUCAUGGAGAACCUGGGUAAGCCUAAGACCUUUCAACGCCACACCUGACACAAAAGUAUCAGCUCGUCAUACUGCAAGAGGGAAAUUAGGCUUUGAAUUAAGUUGAGCUCUUCUUUGGGUUGUUGUGCUCAUUCACAUACAGGGUGUGUUGUCAUUGUCGUUUCCACAUGUUGUUUUUUGAACAUUGUCUAAACUCUUUGUCUUUACAAACAGGAGAAGAUAUUGAGCCUUACCUGCCCACCCUGAUGGAAACCAUGUUCUCUGCUCUCAACAACACGGACAGCCUCAAAAUUAAAGAGCUGGCUGUGUCCGCCAUAGGUGCCAUUGGUAUGUUGCUUCCUUUAUUAUUUUCAAAGGCAAAAAUUGUUGUUUUUUCCACAAAGUAAAGCUUAAGAUCGUAGACUGGAAGAGUCCUGUAUAAUUUGCCAGAUAAUAUUUAAUCCAAGUGAGGAAGGAGGUGUUAUCAUCGUAUAAUCCGCCUGUCAAUCACUUUCUUAUCAGCCAAUGCUGCCAAGGAACUGCUGGUUCCCUACUUUCCUCCAGUUAUUGAAAGCUUGAAAGGCUUCUUGACCACUACCACUGAGGAGAUGAGGUCCCUGCAGACCCAGUCCCUGGGUAAGUAAUCCUGAUAUUUUUUAUUUACAGUAGGUGAGUUUUACGUAAUUUCAGACGAACAGCCUGAAUGAUCAUGAUGCUGAUCAUCAUCUUAUCUUGUUGUCCCUAGACACUCUCUCAGUUCUGGCCCGUACCGUUGGCAAAGAUGUAUUCAGUCCUCUCGCUGCAGAGUGUGUUCAGCUGGGCAUUAAUCUCACUGACACUAUUGAUGACCCUGAUCUGAGGCGUUGCACGUAGGUCACUCAGUUUGCUGUGCUCCUUUCAAACAGUACUGCACAAAUAUUAAUGUUAUAGUCAGAUCUGAGUCAGCAUUUUAUUAUUAGAAAACAAACACUGAUAAUAAAUGAUAUUCUUUUGAUAUUUCCCUUCAUCAGGUACAGCCUGUACUCAGCUGUGUCCACAAUCAGCCCGGAGAGCCUGACUCCUCACCUCACUGCCAUCACAACGGUCAUGCUGCUCGCCCUCAAGUCCAACGAAGGGAUAACGGUAUUAGACACAAACCACCGCGCAGAAAUCUCCAUUCUUAACGAAAUAUUCCUAAAACUCGUGUUUUUACUGUGAACAUCCUCUGUCAUCUUUCGAGGCACACGUUGAGGAGGAUAAAGCGUUUGUUCUGCUGGAUGAAGAGGACGAUGACGACCAAGAGGAAAAAGACGACGAUCACAUUCUGGAAGAUGAACCUGAGACAGAUAUCCAAGACAUUGCAGGGUGUGCAUACACACGGGAAACAUAAAUGUGUAUUUGCUUACCCUGGUGGAGGACGGCUCUCACUCUGUCUGAUUCUGUCUGUCAGGUUCACUGUAGAAAACGCCUACAUCGACGAGAAGGAGGAUGCCUGUGAGGCCCUGGGAGACAUUGCCUUCAGCACAGGGUAACAUUAAUAUACACGUGUACAAAUUGUAGUAUUGCAGGCACUGUAAAUUAGCGUCUUACACAUCGUAAACAUACUAAAAUUGUACUUUUAUGUCAGACAUGCCUUGUGAGUGAGUGUUUGCGGUCACGUUUUCAACUGCUACUGCUGUGUCUUCCCCGACAGCUCUGCCUUCCAGCCCUUCCUGGAGUCCAGCUUUCAGCAGGUUUACGAGAUGAGAGAUGUGAGUAAUUCUGUCUGGCUGCUCGGCCCGGCCGUCCUUCGCUGUCUAAUGUUCUGUGAAGGGCACUCUGCUGUCCGUAUGUGCACAUACAUUUAGUCCCUGCAGGUUUACGUCAGGAGGUGGAUUGAUCAGGGAUGUGGUUCUUUUAGAUUUAUCCAGAGUUUUCCAGCAGAAGAGGUGACCCACAAAAAUCGCAGAUGUCCUAAUAACCGUUCUAAAAGAGUAGGGGUUGUAAGCAGCAAGGGGAGGAACAUUUUAGGCCUGAAUGAGACUAAAAUAGUGUGUAGAGAUUGUAGUAAGUAGUAAACCAUGAUAGCACAAAGACAUGCUUGAGCGAUGAAUACUCAUGCCACUUGUACACGUGAGCUGCCUCAGAGCUUGAGUUGGCUCCAGGGAACUGCUUUUAUUAUAAAUUUAGCUGAUGAAGCAAGAAGUGUUUAUCGCCAUCUAAUGAGCAUUACCCACCACAACAAGAACGCCACAGUCAAUUUGAGAGAAAUUCUCCUGAAGGCUGCAGGUUCACAGUCUUUAUAUCCUAGCUCUCAUCUCUGGAGAUGGAUUGCAUCUGUUCAAAGAGACCUCUCAAACAUUGUGCGUCUUUAUUUCUUCCUGAUGUAGUUUCCCCACGAGGAUGUCCGAAGAGCAGCAUUUGGAGCCAUGGGUCAGUUUUGCCGAGCUCAGUACCAAGUUUGGAAGGACAAUCCAACUGAGGCUAACCAGCAAGGUAAGGAGCUGUUAUUGCCAACACAGAAAAGGAUGGUUCUGCUCUAGAGUGGGGAUGAUCAGUUCAGCUGAUCGGUUAUUAAUUCAUACCGUAACAUUUAAUCGAUCUCUCGUCUAUACUGUCCAGUUUCUUAACACCUUGUAUUGCUCCUUCAGCCUUACUGAAGCUGCUGGAUGUUGUGGUCCCUUGCUUCGUGGAAACGGUGCGCACAGAACACGAGCGCCAAGUUGUAAUGGGCGUCCUUGAAACCAUGAACAAUGUCAUCAAAACUUGCAAAGGCGAGGUUUUCAAGAAUCCUUCCCGGCUCAAAGAGAUCAGCCACGUCAUCCGUGAUGUGCUGAAGGAAAAGGUGAGAACAAAAGAGACGGACGGGAAUACAGGGUUACCUUUGUUUGUUACAUGUUACAUCUCCGUUUGCCGCUUGUGUUCCUCUCUGCGCAGACUCGUUGUCAGGACGGCGGUGGUGAUGAAGCCGAGGAUGAAGAUCAGCAGGUUCGUCGCCGUCCCUCAACACAUUACUGUCUCAGUCAACACCGAUCAAAAUAAAAGGUUUUUGUUUUUUAAAUCCAAAUAACUUCUCAGUUCAUUCUUUUUUGAUUUUCAGGCAGAGUACGACGCCAUGCUCCAAGAGUAUGCAGGGGAGGGGAUCCCCCUGCUGGCGUCCUCUGUACCUGCUGACAGUUUUGCCCCUUACCUCAAUGACCUGCUUCCUCUCAUCAUGAGCAAAGCGGUGAGUUUGAGCUGUCUGUAAGGAAGAGGAGUUCUUCUUACUCUAACACUUUUAAAAAGGAAAUUGCCUCUUACAAAUAUGUGGGCCCAUAGGGGGAGCUCUUCCACAGUUGAUUUGUUUUGUGUAAAUUUCAAGUUUAAAGAUUUUUUUUAUCUCUGUGCAAAAACACACUUUUCAGUUUUCUGUCUCUCUCAAAAGAAAUCCUCCUGCACUGUGGCGGACCGCUCUUUCUCCGUGGGUACAAUUGGAGAGAUCCUGCAGGCCCUGGUGAGCGUGUCUGGGGGUCGCGGAGUGGCGGGCAGGCUGUCCAAUCGUUUGCUUCCUGUUCUCGUAGCGGGAGUGAGGGACAGCGAUCCUGAAGUCCGAAACAACAGCGUGUUUGGACUGGGAUGUCUGGCUCAGGCAGCUGGACCCAUCGUUGUGUCGUAUCCUUUUGACUCGUGUGUGUUUCCGUGUGUGAGGGUGUGUUGUGAUUUAAUCCGUCACAUAUAGUUGAUCCUUACUUAAGCACUCACCAGAGACUACCCCAUGAUGCUCUCUGUGUUUUCGAACAUGCUGGCUAAAGAGCCAGACCUCAGGGUGAUUGACAACCUGUGUGCCGCCCUCUGCAGGAUGAUCAUGAGUAAUGUGGACGCUGUCCCUCUGGAGCAGGUACAUUCACAGCUCUUACCUCUAGUUCAAGGUGGUUUCACACAUAGAAAUAUCUUUUACUGCAGAUAACACAUUUACAAACUCAACUCACUCGUAUCCAACACCAGGUUCUGCCUGCUCUGGUGGGUCGUCUCCCUCUCAAAGAGGACAUGGAGGAGAACAAGACGGUGUUCAGCUGCCUGGCGAUGCUCUACAAACACAGCCACGAUCUGGUACAGUACUAACAUUGACACGUGGUUUUAUCAUCCCUGUGUAGUAGAAUAUAAAACUCAAAUACAGCUGUUAUACAAGUGAUGGAAAACAUGAAAAAAGUGUGUCUUACUCUGUCAUUUUCUUUAAAGGUUUUUAUUAUUAUUAUGACUGAAUAGCUUCAACACAUCAUGUCCAACAAAAAGCAAAACAAGAGCUUCAGUGUUUAAUGAAGAGUAAUUGGUUUUGACAGAUAUGAAAUGCUGUAGUGAUGAUCCUCUGUGUUUUGAAUCCUUCACCGUUGUCCUCAUUCAGUCAGUCGGCGUGGGCGUUUAUAGCUUAAGCAUUUAUUCUGUAUCGUUUCAACAUCUCUCUCCUUUUAGGUUGUAAAACUUAUGAAGCCCAUCAUCGCUGCAUCCACUCACGUCCUCGGCAACAACAAAGUUGAUGAGGGUGAGGAUUUCUUUGGUAACACCCAUAAUUCUUAACGACCUGUGAUCUCUGGAACCAACUUGGACUGAUCUGAGCUCAGACUUUUUCAACAGCUUACCUUCAGUUAUCGAGAACAUGACAAUAACAAUCUCUCCUCUUUUGUCUCUCGCCCACAGAAACACAGAAGACUUUGGCCAUGCUAAUAAAAAACUUUGCUCAGGACCACUCUGAAGACUUCCAAGCAGCUGCGGUUUCACUUCCAGGAGAGCAGCAGGCCAAAUUAAGCGAGGCCAUUUCUGGCUCGUAGCCUUUUGCACAUCCUCGCACUCUCUCGUGAAAGCCAGAAUGAAGCAAAGAAAGAUUUUUAUACCUUAGGUAGAAAGUUUGGACAGUUUUUGGAGUCGUUCCCCCAAAUUGAUCUAAAAACAGCACUUCAAGCAUUCUGGUGUAGCUACUUUCCCAUUUGGAAGUUCUAUUUCUUAGUGUUAACAUUUAAUUUAUUUGCUCAUAUGCAUGCAAUGUUAAAGUUUUAUGACUGUCAGGGUUACGGUUUACCAUCCUGUGUUGUUGCCACUGUAUUUUGGUUUCCUGUUCUUGUUAUGUGCUGAUGUUGAAUUUGAUCUCCAUAAAAAUGUGAUUUUUCCUCUCA